AAGCGGCGCGAGGCUGUUUGUGCUCGGCAGCGCAGCGAGAGCGGCAGCGCGCGAUGGCACCGUGAGCGCGCGCACCGACGGGGUUGCACGCGAGCGCGCUCUCUCCUCGCGGGUCUUUUGCCAAAAGACACCUGAGCGGUAGCUAUCGGAGCGUGAACCGCAGCGCGCGCGCGCGCGCCUUCCUCCCCCCUCUCUCUCUCUCUCUCUGUCUUUCUCUCUCUCUCUCUCUCUCUCUCUGUCUUUCUCUCUCUCUCUCUCUCUCUUUCUCUCUCUCUCUCUGUCUCUCUUUCUCUUUCUUUCUCUCUCUCUGUGUCUCUGUCUCUCUCUCUCUCUCUUUCUCUCUCUCUAUCUAUCUGCACUGCUCGUGCACGCGCUCCUGCGCCAUGGCGCUCACCAUCUGCACGAGAUUCACGGAUGAGUACCAGCUGUUCGAGGAGCUCGGCAAGGGGGCGUUCUCAGUGGUCCGGCGGUGUGUGAAGAUUUCCUCCGGUCAAGAAUAUGCUGCCAAAAUCAUCAACACCAAGAAGCUCUCUGCCAGAGAUCACCAGAAACUGGAGAGAGAGGCCAGAAUCUGCCGACUCCUCAAACACCCCAAUAUCGUUCGGCUCCAUGACAGCAUUUCGGAGGAGGGCUUCCACUACCUGGUGUUUGAUUUGGUUACAGGAGGAGAGCUGUUUGAAGAUAUAGUAGCGAGAGAGUACUACAGCGAGGCUGAUGCCAGUCACUGUAUUCAGCAGAUUCUGGAGAGUGUUCAUCACUGCCAUGUUAACGGGAUCGUCCACAGAGAUCUGAAGCCAGAGAAUCUGCUGUUAGCAAGUAAGCUGAAGGGGGCAGCAGUGAAGCUGGCUGAUUUCGGUUUGGCCAUAGAGGUUCAGGGGGAGCAGCAGGCCUGGUUCGGCUUUGCUGGAACUCCUGGAUAUUUAUCUCCGGAGGUGCUGCGGAAAGAUCCGUAUGGAAAACCAGUGGAUAUGUGGGCCUGCGGGGUCAUCCUGUACAUCCUGCUGGUGGGGUAUCCUCCAUUCUGGGAUGAAGAUCAGCACCGUCUGUAUCAGCAGAUCAAGGCUGGCGCGUACGACUUUCCAUCUCCAGAGUGGGACACAGUGACUCCUGAAGCCAAAGAUCUGAUUAACAAAAUGUUGACCAUCAACCCGUCGAAACGCAUCACCGCCUCUGAGGCCCUCAAACACCCCUGGAUCUGUCAACGCUCCACUGUGGCGUCAAUGAUGCACAGACAGGAAACAGUGGAGUGUCUGAAGAAAUUUAACGCCAGGAGGAAGUUAAAGGGUGCCAUUCUGACCACUCUACUGGUCACCAGAAACUUUUCAGCGAAGAGUUACCUGAAUAAGAAGGCGGACGGAGUGAAGGUCAACAACAAAACCAACAUAGCCAGCAGCCCCAAAGACACAGGCCCUGCCCCAGCACUGGAACCUCAGACUACAGUCAUUCAUAACCCUGUGGAGAGGAACAAGGAAUCAACAGAGAGCGCCAACACCACAAUAGAGGAGGAGGACGUUAAAGCCUGCCAUGUAAUCAGUAAAGCCAGAAAGCAGGAGAUCAUCAAAGUGACAGAGCAGCUCAUCGAGUCCAUCAACAGCGGAGACUUCGAGGCUUAUUCUAAAAUCUGCGACCCCGGCCUGACGUCCUUCGAGCCUGAAGCUCUGGGUAACCUGGUGGAAGGCCAUGAUUUCCACAGGUUCUACUUUGAGAAUGGCCUGUCUAAGGGUAACAAGCCGGUCCACACCAUCCUGCUGAACCCUCACGUCCACUUGAUUGGUGAAGACGCCGCCUGCAUUGCCUACAUCCGCCUGACGCAGUACAUGGACGGCAGCGGCCGGCCGCGCACCAUGCAGUCCGAGGAGACCCGCGUGUGGCACCGCCGCGACGGCAAAUGGCAGAACAUCCACUUCCACCGCUCUGGCGCCCCCAGCGUGCCCAUCAAUUAACGGAAUCAGUUCCAGCUGAAGAGGACCAGCUUGUGUUAAAGCCUGACCUUAAACCCCAGACCCACCUGCCCAAGCACCAUCUCCUCUACACCUGUACUGCCCCCUGCCCAACUCCCGCCCUCCCAACCCCGACCCCCAACCCCGACCCCCACCACCGACCCCCACCCCCGCCGGCGGGUCACUCAGACACAUAUGGACAUUAUCUUAUCAAAGGGAGUGAAUUUUUACCAUUUUAUUUUGUGUUUGUUUUUUUUUUUUCUUAAGCUGUUUUGGUAUGCAUUUUAAAUGUAUAGAAAUGUAAAGAUAGCCCUGCCCCUUCCACCCAAGCCCCGCCCCCAUUGCCCCAAACCCACCCCCUCGGAGUCUAAACUGUAUUUUUAUGUCUAUUUGUGUGUGUGUGUGUGUGUGUGUGUGUGCGGGUGUGCGGGUGUGUGUGCGCGUGCAAUAUAUCGACAUUUGGAAGAUAAGAAUGUUAAUAUUAAGCUUGCUGUUGUCAUGGUGAUGUACAUAUCGUUGUGGUUGUUACGGAAAAAAAAAAAAAAAAACAGAAAAUGAAAAAUUACAUACUUUGAAUUUUAGCUUUGAGCAGAACUGUUACGGGCUUCGUUUAUGACGAGCGAGUUUAGAGAGGCUGGCCGUUUCCUCCACGUCACAGCAGACGCAUACAUACAGAAAUAUAUACAAAUAUAAAUAUUAAUAUUAAUGAGAAUGUAGCAUAUCAGCCAGAGUCGUGCAUGGAGGACUGUUUACGAAAGGUCAUGGUUUUCUUCUUUAAGUAACGUAAUUCUUGGCCCUUUCUAUCAAUGACAUAGAUACGAAUAUUAAUUAAAAUGAGGGUCGGUCAUCAUUUCUGUGAUUUUACGUAUUUGCAUAUUUACAUAUCAUGCAUCACGAAUUUAACCCAUUAAUGUCCAAAUCUUGCAGAUUUGAGGACAAUAACAAUUAAUCACACCAGCAGGCCAGAAAAGUGAGUUAUCAUCAUUAAUUCAUCAUCAAUAUCAGUAUUUCGGCCACAUGAUCGCUUUUUAAAACAAAAGAAAAUAUGAUAGCACUGUAAUAAUUAUAUAAUGGCUACGUGUGCUUUAAUAAAUGCUACCAUUUGAAUUAUUAACCUUUUUCAUUCAGUGACUUACAAACAAUAUGAUACUCAUAACUCACACAGUCAAUUCAUAAUCAUUAUAACAUUAUGAAUAAGCGUUCAUCAUCACGUUACGUUAAAAUGUUUUAGGUCAUCAAAAGGGUGUAGAUGUUUUUGUGUAUUUUAAACAUUAAUAAUUCUUCAUUCUAGCCCAGUUGUACAGUUGGCGCAGCACAUUAUGAUGUAUUGAUAAAUAUUUAAUAUUUAAGAUUAUUUAAUAUUUUCAAAUACAUUUCUAAGAACGAUGGAGGUUGAAGAUUAAACGUGAAUGAAAACUGAAAGCCAGAAUCCAAACUAUUCUUGAUCAGAUUUCUAUUAAAAUAGUGAUUAACUAUUAGAGAGUAAAACAAUUCUUUUAUAUUUUAAUAGUCAUUUAUUAUAUGUAUAUGUAGAAAUUACAGUUAUUAACAAUCAUUGAUAAACUAUGAAACAACAAUUAAUUUGCUAAUUAUUAGGUCUUGUAAUCGUUACUGAGAAUCCGUAAAUAAGCAUAAAAAGAUUACAUGAAACCUUCGAAAUUCUAAUUUUUAGUUCACCUGAAACACAACUAGAGCACUUAGGACCAAACGGAACGUUCUGUGGUGUUUUUAUACUCAUUAAUGGCUUACUAAAGUUAUACAUUCCAACAUGAAGGUUCUAUCAGUUGUUCCUGGAUGCAUUAACGUUUUAUCAGCCGCUCCUGAAGGUGUUAAGGGUCUAUCGGCUAUUUCUGAAUGAGUUAGGGUUCUAUAAGCAGUUCCUGGACAUGUGAAGGUUCUGUCAGCUAUUCCUGGAUAUGUUAAGGUUCUAUUAAUUAGCUGUAGUUGGCUGUGUUAAGGUUGUAUCAGAUGUUCCUAAAUGAGGUUCUAUCAGCUAUUCCUGGACGCAAUAAGUUUCUAUCAGCUGUUCCUGGAUGUGUUGAGGUUUAUUACUCAGCUGUUUUUGGAUGAGUUAAGGUUCUCUUAGUUAUGUCUGGACAUGGUAAGGUUUGAACAGCUGUUCCUGGUCAUGUUAAGGUUCUGUCAGCUGUUCCUGGUCAUGUUAUGGUUCUGUCAGCUGUUCCUGGUCAUGUUAAGGUUCUGUCAGUAAAUCCUGGACACAAUAUGUUUCCAUCAGCUGUUUCUGGACAUGUCAAGGAUCUAUAAGGUAGGCUCUAUCAGCUGUUCUUGGAGGUGUUAGGGUUUUAUUAGCUGUUCCUGGAUGCAUUAAGCUCCUAUCAGCUGUUCCUGGACGCAAUAAGUUUUUAUCAGCUGUUCCUAGAUGCGUUAUUGUUCUAUUAAUCAGCUAUUUUGGGUGAGUUAAGGUUCUAUCAGCUAUGCCUGGUUGUGUUAAGGUUUUAUCAGCUGUUCCGGUUAAAGUUUUAUAAGCUAUUCUUGAACAAGUUAGGGUUCUGUCAGCUGUUCCUGGAUGUGUUAAGGUUCUGCCAGCUGUUCCUGGCAGCGUUAAGCUUCUAUAAGCUGAUUCCAGAUGUGUUGAAGUUCUGUUCCUGGAUGUGAAGAACCCUGAGGAAUUCCAUUUGUGUUGAAAUGGAUGCAGGCUAUAAGCACACUGCCCCCUGGUGGCCGCCGCCCGUCAGCGUGCCACUCAAACGGAUGAUGUCAUAGCGAUGUCAGAAGGGAACGGUCUUCCUUGAGGAAAAAAACCUCAUCACUAAAAGACUAUGCUACAAACUGUCCAUUUGUCUGUUUUUAUUAUUAUUUUUAUUUAUUAUUGCUGUUAUUGUUAAUUUUUUGGGGGGGAAUCAUUCUCUGCAGAAACCCUGGAUACAGGGGGUGUGAUAUAUCAUUGGUUGCCAACGACGGCAUUAGCAACUCAACAUAUUUAAAGAAAAUGACAAUAAAGGUGUGAUAUGUAGUGAA